UAGGUUUUACGUUUAGUGAUUGAAACGGUAUUCCGGUGAAAUGAAAUGCAUGUAUGAAAACUUUUGCGCAUGAUAAUAUUAUUGACAACUAACUCGGUUGACUGGCUUGGAGUUGGACUGACACUUGCAUCUGCAGAGUUCUCUGUAAUUGAAUUCUGGAGAAUUUGCUCACUGAUCCAGCUGUCUUGCUUCUUCUCCGCUCCUAUAGAGACACAGCAUGAGAAUCAAUUGAAUGAAUGAAGAAAUGAAACCAGUUCAGAUUAAAGUGAAACAUGUUGUGCGAGUAGUGAUCAUUUUAAUCAUUGCUGCUAUCAUCGUUUUGUAUGGAGUACCAUUAUUUCAUCGUACAAAAUUUAGACCUGUGCCAAAACAUGAGAUGGAAGCAAUAUACAAGAACAUUAAGGAGGCAGACAGAAAGGUUUAUCAGAGUGAGGGUAGUCUAAGGUUCAAGAAGAGGAAGUUCUAUCUGGAUGGGAAACCUCUGCGGAUUUUCAGUGGGGCAUUUCAUUACUUCAGGGUUCUGCCCCAAUACUGGAACGAGACCUUUCUGAAAAUGAAAGCUAGUGGGUUAAACACUGUAGAAACGUAUGUCGCAUGGAACAUUCAUGAGGAAAUUAGAGGUCAAUAUAAUUUCAAGGGAAAUAACGGAUUACUUGAUGUGAGGGAGUUCAUUCAGACGGCGAAGGCUCACGGAUUUUAUGUGAUACUACGUCCAGGCCCCUACAUUUGUGCAGAGUGGGAAUUUGGUGGUCUUCCUGGCUGGCUGUUGAAAGAUGGCGACAUGAAAGUACGCUCAAAUUAUAAAGGCUAUGUUGAUGCAGUGGACAGAUAUUUCUCAAAACUUUUUCCGUAUAUCAAAGACCUUCAGUACUCCAAAGGAGGGCCUAUUAUUGCUUUCCAAAUUGAGAAUGAGUAUGCGUCCUAUAGUACAGAAGUGGAACACUUAAAGACGUUAAAGAAGAUGAUGAAGCAAUAUGGCGUGGUGGAGAUGUUCUUUACGUCUGAAGGAGGAGGGCUGUGGAAUUGGAUGAAGGGGUUACACCCCAUUGUUUAUGAGGCCUUGCCCACAGUGAAUUUUAAGGACCUGGAGGAAGGCGGGCAGGAGCUGGUAGACUUUGUCCUCGGACUCAGUGAUGAGUUCCCGCUGUUCAUCAUGGAAUACUGGACUGGUUGGUUUGAAGAAUGGGGGAAUAAACACAGUUCUGAUAUGCCUACACCAAAAAUGAUCGAGAUUGUAACAAAAUUGCUGGAUAAAGGCGCCUCGAUUAACUUCUUCAUGUUCCGAGGUGGAACAAACUUUGGUUUUAUGAACGGAGCUAAACAUUAUCGGAAUGGUGAUUAUAAACCUGUGGUUACUAGUUAUGAUUACAUGUCGCCAUUAUCGGAGGCGGGAGAUGUGACAGAGAAGUACCACGUUAUCCGGGAUCUGUUACUGAAGUACCAGGAAGAUGUCCAUCAUUUCCACGGUGCGACGCUGAAGGAAGUCCCACCCAAUACUGAGAAAGCAGCCUACGGGACUGUUCCCAUUCAAUCCUAUCUGUCAUUUGAGGACAUGGUGACCGAGGUUACAGAUAAAAUACAAUCGGAGGACAUCCUCUCCAUGGAACACCUGCCAUUACAACAUGGGAGUGGUCAGAACUACGGCUAUAUUCUGUACAGGAAGGUCCUGCCCAAAAUUAAAAAAAUCACCAUAAAAGGAUUGAUGCAUGAUCGCGCACAGGUGUUUUGGAAUGGGAAAGAAGUAGCUACCUUCGACUGGACUGAGACAUGGUAUGAACUUCACAUGGAUAUGGUUGGGCUGGUUAGAAUGGACAAGGUACAUAAUACUUUGGACAUACUGGUGGAAAAUCUGGGAAGACUUAAUUCUGGAGGAACUGACCUCUACAAUCAGGAAUACAAAGGUAUUUUUGGAGAAUUGUUUGUUGAUGGUUUCAAUGAAUCAGUAAAAAACUGGGAGAUUUAUCCUCUGGAUUUCAGACCCCAGUAUCUGAACAAGAUAUGGAUCAACGAUAAGUACAAAGCCAUGCCGAACAGAGAUGUAUCUCCAGCAAUCUUCUCUGCUGAAUUUCACAUCGAGGGCAAAAUAAAGGACACCUUUCUGUCAAUGGAGGGCUGGACAAAAGGUGUAGUAUUCAUCAACAGUUUUAACCUGGGUCGGUACUGGAAGCAAGGACCACAGCGUACAUUGUAUGUUCCUGGGAGUAUUCUAAAAAACAAGAAAAUUAACACUAUAAGAAUAUUUGAGCAAAAGAAAGCAGGAAAAGAAGUAAUUUUCUUGGCGAAGCCAAAUCUGGGCGACCAUCAAUGAUGACUGGGGGAAAAAAUUUAUUCAAAGACUGAUGUUUACGUUUCCAAUAUUUGCCCUUAUUAUUUUACCGUACUUUCAAAACUAUGGUUUCAAUUCUCUAUGAAAAACAUUAUGCCAUGUGACCUGAUUUAAUUGUGACAUCAUAAUUUUUCGAUAUAUGUGACAUCAUAAUCUAAUGAUGUGAUUCAACCUUAAUUUAGCAUGUUUGAAACAUGAGGUAUCAUUCAUGAACGUGCUUUGUGAUGUCAUUUCUACAACUGCAUUGGGGAUGUGAAAUGUAGAUAACUGUGAUAAAACUUUUCAUUAUAAUAACAUUUUUCAGGCAUUGCAGAGUUUGAUCACGUGAUCAGCUGACUUUCACUUUUCAAUGAUAUUGUUUAAGAAAUGAAAUCUUUUUUCUUAAAUAUACAUAUAUGUAUGUGUUUGUUGAUAAUGUUGAACAACUUUAUGUCAAUGUCGGUAGUCCGUUCUGACCUCACAAAUCAGGUUUCAGAUAAAAACAUACUUGUAAUGAUGUUUAAAACUACGCAAUAUACGUGUGUGGGGACUUUAUACGAUGAACAACAUUUACUUUAUCAAUGACACUGCAAGAAAGUACGUAUAUUUAUUUUACUUGAACAGGUUGAUCCAGAAACACGCAGGGCUUGUAUGUAUACCUCAAUGUGAAUUUCAUUUUAAGAUGUAAUGCAUAGAUUGAUGUUUUGAGAAAAAAAUCUGGUAUUCAGGUGCUAUUUCGGCAAGUCAGUUCUCUGUCCAACCAAAGGUGGCUUAAGCGCAGUUUGUGUACUGUUUGAGAAAUCUUGGGGAAUAGCUUGAUUUUUUAAAAAUAUUUAACUGUAGGAGGCAGAAAUGUUUUGUACAUGUUUUAAUAUUCUUAUUUUGAUAGACAUUAAGUUGUUUUCCAAUCUGUGAUAGUAAAGUAUAUGUUUACUAAAGAUCAUGUCAUUGCCCAGGUUCAGUUUGCCCUUAAUGUUGAUACUUAAAAAUUAAAAGAAGUUCAGAUAUACAUGUAUAUAAUACCUCUGUCUUUGACCAUUUGUCAUACUUCAUUACACCAUGGAUGUAUACACUAAAUGUAUCUUGCUUUCAGGUUGUGGGGAUGUUUACAGUUCUUGAUAUAAGUCAGCUUAGCUGAGUAUAUGUAGAUCUUAGGCGUUGUACAUUCCAUCAUUAUAUUUUUCCAAAUUUGAUAUCAAUAUUUUUCUACUAUUUUGUUUUCUGUUAUUUAUAAAGUUUUAUACAGAUGUAUGUCAGUAUGUAAUUAGACAUUUCAGUGUCUGGAAUAAUUACAGUAUUUAUUAAUAGUUCUGUUGUGUUGUAGAUCUCGGUGCAUAGUUCUGUAUUUUGUGUUUUUGGAUCUGCCAUUUAUCUGUAAUGUCAUAUCACAGGUUCUGCUGACACUUUCUGCAUUGUUAAUAAAUUUGAAUGAUUGCUGAUGAAAAUUCCAAACAAUGUCUUGCAUGUGUACAAAAUAUUUGUCAUUGAAAUCAGCAAAGGUUUGCUAAAUAUGUCUACAAUACAUGUAAACCUAUGUAUCUACAAGUACAUUAGGAAACGUGUUAUGCUGUUAAACGCUCUUAAUGUUAUGCUGUUUUAAUAUGAUUUUAUGGUUUAUAUGCUUUGUUCAUAUGCAAUGUUCUUUACAAGCCAUUUACAAACUCUGUGUUAAGGAUGAGUGGAUUUAGAUGUACUGCCAUUGCCGUUUGCAAAACUCAAAUAUGAGUAAUGUUUUGAAUAAUUUGUCAACUCGGUUUAGCUUCAAAAGCUGUCAAUUUUUAGUGUAUGAGAUUAAUAAAAUCGUAUCUUCUAAAAACAAA